GAAUUAAAAAGAUAAUAUAUUAUCUAUAAAAUAUCAUAAUACUAAAGAAUUAUAUUAAAAUGGUACUGAUGAUAGAUUUCUUUUAGAAGAAGCUUAAACUAUUGAAAAAAUAAAUAAUGAUUCAUCAUUAAAAGAAAAAUUUUAAACUCCAUUAUAAACAAUACCAGAACAAGGAGAAUCUAUAAAUUAGAUAAUAAAUGAAAAAAAUAUAAAUUAAAAAUAAGAAAAAAAUAAAAUAGAUAACGAUAAAGAAUAAACAAAAGAAAAUAAAAGUUAUUUUUAAGAAUUAUAAAAAAAUUAUUCAUAAGAAUAACUACCAAUUAAAUAAAAUCAAAAAGAAUAAUAAGAAAUAAUUAAAAAGUAAUAAGGAAAUAAAAAAAACGAUGAUAAAUAAAGGCAUGAAGAUUAAACAAACGAAACUUCUAAAAGGCCUUCUACUUAAAGCUUAAUAAAAGCUUAUUAAAGCAAAUAAAAAAUGAGCUGUAUGAGCGAAUUUUCGAUCAGUCCUGAUAUUUUCAUACAUUUAAAAUAAGGAACAAUUUAAUAAAAUUACAAAACAGGAGAAAUUUUAGGUGAAGGUGCAUUCGGUUUAGUAUGCAAAGUAACUCAUAAAAAUACAGGAAUGGUUCGAGCAAUGAAAACAUUGAAAAAAAGUUCUGUAAUAAAAGAAGAAGAAGAGAGGCUUUUUUCAGAAAUGAAUAUACUGAAAAAUUUGGAUCAUCCUAAUAUAUUAAAAUUAAUUGAAUUAUUUUAAGAUUCUAAAAAUUAUUAUUUAAUAACAGAAUAUUGCUCAGGAGGAGAACUUUUUGAUAAAAUUAAAUCUAUGAAAAAUUUUACUGAAAAAAUGGCUGCUGAUUAUUUUAAAUAAAUCCUUUCAGCCGUGGUUUAUUGUCAUGAAAAUUAAAUUGUACAUAGAGAUAUAAAACCAGAAAAUUUAUUAUUUGAUACAGAUAAAAAAGACGCUAAUUUAAAAGUUAUUGAUUUUGGAACAUCCAGAAAAAUUGAUGAAAAUAAAAAAAUGUCCAAAAGAUUAGGAACUCCAUAUUAUAUAGCACCUGAAGUUUUAGAUUAAAAUUAUGAUGAAAAAUGUGAUGUAUGGUCUUGUGGAGUUGUUUUAUAUAUUUUAUUAUGUGGAUAUCCCCCUUUCACAGGCAAAAAUGAAGAUGAAAUAUUAAAAAAAGUUCGUUUGGGUAAAUUUAAGUUCGAUCCUGAAGAUUGGAAUCAUAUUUCAGAAGAUGCUAAAAAUUUGAUUAGAAAAAUGCUUACUUAUGACUCUAAAAAAAGGAUUUCAGCUUUAUAGGCUUUAAACGAUAACUGGGUUUAAAAAAAUGCUCCAGCAAUUCCUGUUAAUAAUAAAACUUUACAAAAUCUAUCUAACUUUUAGAGUCGGUCGAAAAUAAAAUAGGCUAUUAUGACUUAUAUUGUAUCCUAAAUGAUCACUUAACAAGAAAAACAAGAGUUAUAGAAGAAUUUUAUGUCUUUGGAUUAAAAUGGAGAUGGAAUGCUUUCAAAAGAUGAACUUAUUUAAGGAUAUACGAGUGUUUGUGGAAACAAAGAAUUAGCAAUUGAAUAAGUGGAGAGAAUUUUAGAUAUUGUAGAUUGUAAUAAAUCAGGGAAAGUUGAUUUUACGGAAUUUCUAAUGGCAGCUACUAAUAAAGAUGUGGUUUUGUCAAAAUAAAAAAUGGAAUAAGCUUUUAAAAUAUUCGAUUAGGAUGGAAACGGUAAUAUUAGUAGAGAAGAAUUAUCUUAUAUAAUGGGAGAUAUUUAAGACACUUUCUGGUAGGAAAUUCUAUUGGAAUGCGAUACUAAUAAAGAUGGGAAAAUUUCAUAAAAUGAAUUUAUUGAAUUAUUAUUAAAAAAGAACUUUUGA